AAGGGAGGGGGAAUGUCAUUCACAUCUCGUAAUAUGACAGAGAGAGCGACGAAUCUUUUAUAAUAUAUGUAUAUAACGACGUCAUCAUGGCUUCAGUUUUACCAGAAAAGAGGAAGAUGUUGACGAAGAUGGUAAGCAAGGAGCCUAUGGCAACGAGCGAUGUUGUGGAGUUGAUGGCAUCACACGACACACUUGUCAAGAAAAUUACUUGCUACCACGUUGCAGACCAGUGUUCACAAAAUGCUGACUUAGCACUCUUGACUGCAAACCUGCUCCUUAAGGAUACAUCCGAUGCCAACCCAACUGUACGCAGUGCCAGCAUAUCUGCCUUGGCAGCUCUGCCUGGCAUUGAAGAGAGCUCUGUCAGGGCUAUUACAACUGCCUUGUCAGACCAAGCAGCUAUGGUACGCAGAGCUGGAGCAGUAGCAUGUAUGAGACUCCAUAGUCAUGCUCCUCAGGUUGUGCUAGAGUGUGGCCUAGUCAAUGCCUUGUAUGAAGGCAUAAGAGAUUCAGACCCAAUAGUCAUAACCAAUUGCAUACUUGCCCUAGACACCAUCCUCAACAAUGAGGGAGGUAUAGUUGUCAACAAAAAUAUUGCACACUACCUUCUCGGGAGAGUGAUGCAGUUCUCAGACUGCAAUGCUGUAUAUGUAUUGACCUUGUUGCUCAGGUAUACGCCAAAAAACGAAGAAGAGAUUUUUGCCAUGCUUAAUGCCUUAGAUGAGAUACUAACCUCCAAAACCCCAGCCGUACUUAUUGCUUCUGUGAAGCUCUUCCUUCAUCUAACAAAAGAUCAUCAGCAUCUGAAGAAGGAUAUGCUUGAGCUGAUACAUGCUCCUGUUUGCAAAAUCCUCAGCAGAAACAUUCCUGAGACAUCCUUCUUGAUGGUAGAGUUCUUGCAGACACUAGGAGACAUCAGGGAAGUUUUUGGGUCACAUUAUAAGUAUUUCUUGGUCAGGUCUAAAGACCCAGGUUACCUUAAAACACAGAAGCUCAAAGUACUGCCUCUAGUUAGCACAGAUUCCAAUGUGUGCCAACUCAUAGAGGAAGUGAAACCAUUCUGCAGUGAUUACCAGAGUUUUCGUGAAGCAAUCAGUUGCUUAGGAAAGCUAGCUUUGAUGAAUAGCGCUGCUUACAAGAUGUGUCUUUCUACACUUGAAGCUCUUCUUGAUGUACCUACAGAGAGGGUAGUGGUUGCUGCCUUGGAGUGCCUUUUAACCAUCAUUUCUCCAGAUUUAGUGAUGGAAAAUGUGACCCCAGCAAUGAACAGCAAAGUGGAGGUCCUUGAGGGUGCAGUUGCCAAGAGUGAGCCCCAGGGAGAGGACAUUAAUCAACUUACAGAAAAAGCAAAGCAAAAGCUCAAAAUUGGACCCUUGAGGGAACUGCCAGACCUGCCAAAAGAACUCAUAACAGCAGUAACUCGAGCGAUAUCAAGGAGUACAGUCCAAGAAGCUGCCCCUACUUUAGUUCUGCAUGCACUAGGAACAUUGGCUGCUUAUAUAGACACAUCUCAUGAUAUUGUGGAAAGUAUAUCUCCCCUUUCAUUAGCAGCUGCAUCAACUCAUGCUGAUUUAGUCACCUGUGCAGCGCGUGUCUUUCUCGCUCGACCAGCACAGAUGCAGCUUAUUUUAUCAGCAAUUCUCACAAGAGCUCUCAAGACCCCAGGGCCACCAGCCUCUCGUGCAGCCUUAGUGUAUGGGGCACUUAUGGAAGGCCCUGAAAAUGCAGCUUAUCUCCUCAGAGCUUUUACCAAGUGCAGCUGCCCAUCCUCAGAGGAACAGACUGCGUAAAAUGCAAACAUUUUUAUAUUUGUUUUCUUUACAUACGAAAUUUGUAAAGUUAUCAAGUGUUCUCUAAGCAUUACCUGCAUUAAUAGGGCAAGAAUAGAAAAUGUUCCUAUUUCAUGGUUUAAAAAGAUAAAAACAGAGACCAGGAUAAAAAAAAUCUCCAUUUUGUGUCAAAUAAUUUUCACUGAAAAACAAAUGAAUAGCGCACAAAUAUAAUUUUUGUAUCAAUUAUGAUUGGAGGCUGGAUGAAGAAUAAAAGCAUUGUACAAGUUCAUCACUAUAUAUGAUAAUUUUUCAUUUAAUGGUGAAAUAUCACAAUGGUCUCACUAGGAAAAGUGCAAUAAUAGAAUGGCAUAUUAUUGUGUCAGGCGCUGCAUUUCAGCUCCUUUUCAAAGACACUGUAACAUCCUAAGGUGUCAGGUGCUUCAUGCUGCAAAGAUUAUUGUGUUAUAUCUGAAAAUGUUGUAUGGUGUAAGCUUUCUUAUUGUUGCAGUUCUAGUCAAAUGACUAUUUAUUACUAUCAUUGUAAACACUUGUGACUAAUUUAUUUAUAUUAAUUGAUUUCAUACACUGUAACAACUGA